AUGAUGAAGCGUGUCGACCGCAGGAAAGAUACCACGACGCUCCCCGUCGUGACCCGCGAUGAGGAAGGCAAGAAGAGGGUGGCGAAGAUAGAGGUGGAGGCUCACAAAGUGGACACCGUCAAAUACUUAGAGAGGAAGCUGAUGGACAAGGGCGUGCAGCGGAUGGAGCGCCACCCUGCCGAUGGCCUUGGCGGCAUCGGCCGCCCACCGCCCAAGUCCGGUCGCGGCGGUAAGUACACGUGGGAGGGACCGGAGGAUCCAGCAGAGAGCGAGCUGGCCCCGACGCCACCGGCAAUAGACGAGAAGGAUCCGAACUACGUGGAUGAGGAAGCGGAGGAGAAGGUGAUCAGAGGGGAGGACGGGGAGGUGGCCGGGCUGGUGGUGGGGGAGGUGGAGGUGCCCAAGGCUCACGAGGUCGGGGUCGCGAGGAUCGAAGUUGAUCCUAACUUGAAGGUGUUUCAACAGGAGGAUUGA